UGUUUAUGUCACUGUAAAAAAAUCACCCCCUUUUCAGAAUUAUAUUGAACCAGUCUACUUUCACUUCUUGGACAUGCGCAGUCUCUCGCACUUGUUCCACCGGCACUUCCGCUUUUGAUCUCCACGAUUUUCAACAUGGCAGACAUGACAGUGGAGAUGAUGAGUCGGUACGUCAGUCCCAUCAACCCGGCGGUGUUCCCACACCUGACCGUCGUGCUGCUGGGAAUCGGCAUCUUCUUUAUGGCCUGGUUCUUUGUCUAUGAAGUAACCUCCAACAAAUUCACUCGGGACCUCUCCAAGGAGCUCCUGGUCUCUCUGGUCGCCUCGGUGUUUAUGGGCUUUGGUGUGGUCUUCUUAUUGCUGUGGGUUGGGAUUUAUGUAUAGCAUAAAGAUUGAAGAAACUUAAUCAGAACACAUUUGAAUCAACAUCCACGCAAGUCAUCGUUGUGUCAUUAUAUACAUAUGUAAUAAUAUAUACAUAUUUUGUUAAUAAAUUGUUUUAUAGUAGUAUAA